GUACAGUACAAACGGGCGCGUGUAUGUGAGGGACGCAGACGUCGAAUAAACAUCAGCGGCUACACACGCAUUCUCUAAUCAGCAUUUAUAUAGUUCUUUAUCGUGACGUUUCAUCAGUGUUGUGUUUCAAGUUGACUCGUGAUGGACGGCUGUGCGCAGAUGUGUAAAUGUUUUCUGAUUCUGUUCAACAGUCUGUUGGCUUUGAUGGGGUUCGGGUUGCUCUCGCUCGGGUUCUGGCUCCGGUUUGGCGCUAAAACUCAAGGAUUAUUUGACAUCGAUUUAACCACAGCAGAGUUCACAAUUGGUGUGUUGGUGUUGAUGGUCAUUGGUGUUCUGAUGCUGGUCACCGCUAUUAUCGGUGAUUAUGGAGUGUGUAAUCAGAGUCUAAUUGCUCUUAGUGUGUUUGCUGGUCUACUGUCAGUUCUGAUGAUCGCUGAGAUCGCUGCAGGUAUGAUGAGCUUCAUGAGGGGCGGAGAGAAGGUGGCAGAUUUCUACAUCACAAUCUAUGCCCAGUAUGUGAACAGCAGAAGUGGUGGUCAAGCCUUCGCCCUCAAUCUAUUCCACAAAGCUUUUGACUGUUGUGGCAUUGGAGGAGCGAUAGAGCUGUUUGUGCGAGAUACAUGUCCUGACAGGAACUUCCUGCAGCAGUUCACUUUCUCUAGUUGUCCCAGUGUGAUCAUCAGUGAGUUCGAGUCCAAAGCACCACUGCUGUUGGGGGGGUCUCUGGGAACAGCUGCAGUCAUGAUGGUGGCGCUGGUGUGCUGUUGUGUUCUCUGUAACAGCCUGAAGGUUUCUCUCUACUCAUCUCCACACGUCUACUGAUGAAGGAAUGAACCACAUGUGACUGAAGCUUCACACACUGUUUACUGCUGUUACACUUCAUUAAAUGGUCCUAAUUCAUUUUGUUUUGCUAUAUGGUUAAAACCUUUUUACAUUUCUUAUAGUUUUCUUACUGUAAUAAAAUAAAGACACUUACAACCUGUGUUUAAUGAAUCAGACGUCUAAUGGACACACAGCCGUGGUGAAUGGGCUGCAAGGUCAGGAGUGAACCCAUUACAGUUACAACAAAACUUUAGUGAAUAUUUGAAGGUGAAUAGACAUUGUUUCACUGAAUGUAAAGAGUUUUACUGUAAAGGUUUUUUAUUAUUUCAAUGUUUAUAAACAUCUAUGGUUUAAUAAAAAAAUAAAUAAAAAUACA